UCGAACUGUAUGAACAGUCCUACGUCUGUUUCACCCCCAGUCAUGCAACUCAUCUCUCAGAUCGAAAACGCGCCAGACAGCACUGAGCGCGAUGCAGAUCUGGCGACCGACGGUUCCUGCUAGGUGGAGUGAGAGAAGGGGACGUCCCGUCCUCCGGUACGGAGGCAGGAGGGCAGAGAGUGGGGUUGAGAGGACAAUCGCAGCGCUCAAAAGGCCUGCUGGGGUCACGGUCCGAGUGAACCCUCGCAGAAUAACACAACCGCGACUUCGUAGGCCUAUCUGACGUCGACGUUCGUCGACAUACACAAUUGUCAUGUAGAGGAUUUUCUGCCGCCGGCAUGUGUCUUUCAUUGUAGACAUGUCACGGAAUGGCACUGUUGCAG